CCCUGCCUGCAGACUCACCAAACCCACAAGCAGCUCCAGCUCCCAGCAGUGAUGCAGAGCAUUGGCUUCAUCCUGGUCCUGGCCCUGGCCCUGGCCAUGGGGACCCUCAGCAUCCCUUUAAAUGACAAGUGCUCCCUGAUCGGGCGGUGGCAGAACGACCUGGGCUCGGAAAUGAACAUCACGGCUGUAAACAACGUUGGGAAAAUCUUCGGCACGUACCUCACCAAAGUCACCAGCUCAGACAAGCCGAUCAGUGAGUCCCCCCUGAGGGGCAGCCAGCAGAUGGGAGACCAGGAGCACCCGACGUUCGGGUUCACCGUCACCUGGUCGUUCUCUGACUCGACCACCGUCUUCGUGGGCCAGUGCUUCGUGGACGACAAAGGGAAGGAGACUCUGCAGACCAUGUGGCUGCUGCGGAAGAAGGCCGACUCCAGCCAGGACAACUGGAAAGCGACUCUGGUCGGCACCAACCUCUUCACCCGGGUUUAGCCGUAAGGAGUGGGAGCAUCUUGCGGGCUCCAACUGUGCCUCCUCACUUCAUGCCUAUGGCAGGGCAUCAGUUGGACCCGGCUCCACGCACCCCUCCCCUCCCCUCCCCUGCCCUGCCCCGCCCGCUCCCACUCUCACUCCACGUGGAGACAGCGAUUGGUGCCACCAGGCUCUGCCCACCUCCGGUGCUUUCAGCCCACAGCCCAGCCGGGCAUCCACCUGUGUGACCACUCGGCCCUGGGGGCCAAAUAAACCUUUUCCACUGAAAAA